AUGGACAAUGAAUCCUUUCUGCAUGUGGCGACAAAGGAUGCUAUCAAGAAAGUGGUCAGAACUGACCCUCUGGUAUUGGCACAGGAGCGCUUGGCCACCGUUUUCAACCUGCGUAAAUUCACAAACGAACUCAAUUGCCAAGAGUUGGCACUCAAGGUUGUUUCCCUGUUGAAGCAGGGAAUUCCCCUGGUUGGGUUGCAAGCGGCCCCUAAUGGAUACAGAGAGCAGCUGGUGCCAGCAUCCAUCACAGAGGACGAGUUGCUACAAUCAGCAGCUUGGAGGCGUAAGUCUCUGAUGUGUCAAUCCAAGCGCUUCAAACCUGAAGAGGAAGCCGCUCUCCUCGAGACCACGGCUGAAGAAGUGGCAAAGGGUUUUUUGGAGGGGCCGUAUUCAGAACAGGAAAUUUCCGUUUUGUUGGAAACCGAGGACUGGUCCCUCAGCCCGCGUUUCGUCCUCUUCCAGGGCACUGGCGGCAAGAUCAGAGUGAUAGAUGAUGCAAAGAAGAGCUCGGUCAAUGCAGCUUACAGUUCCACCGUCAAGUUGCAGCUCCAGGAUGUGGACUAUGCGGCUAACAUGGUUCUGUUUUUGAUGUCAGAAUCGGCGGCAGCCGGCAUUUCUGGCGAUGAAUGGAUGGGCAAGACCUUCGACCUUAGCAAGGCUUACAAACAACUUGCCAUUCUUCCUGCCCACCAGAGGCAUGCAGUGGUAGGAUUUCCUGUGAGUGGCACCUGGAGAUUCUAUCGAAGUAUCUCCCUUCCUUUCGGUUGCACUGGUAGCGUGUAUGGCUUCGUGAGGGUGUCACAAGCAAUAUGGUACAUAGUGACUAGGCUGCUAUCUGCAGUAUCAAGUCAUUAUUUUGAUGACUUCCCCACUUUGGAAAGAGCCCCAGGCUGCAGGGUGCUUUCUCUUGCGUUCAGCGCAGUGCUGGACAUGCUGGGUUGGGGACACGCAAAAGAGGGCGAUAAAGCGUUGAACUUUGCUGGUGCCUUUGACUUGUUGGGCGUGAACUUCAACCUUGCUUUGACUCCCAAGGGGAUUUUGCAGGUCACCAACAAAACUACGAGGAUCGAAAAGCUGUGCGCUCUUUUGGACAAG